AUGGGGGUCUGGUGUCCCCCCCCAAUCCCAACCACCUGCAUGAAGCUCUUGGCGCUGCUGGUUUGCAACCUCCUGGCAUGGAGGGUGGGUGAGAUGGGGUCGGAUGCUCCGGAGAAGUUGUCCGCGCUGGCUCCGGGAGCUCUCAGCAUGAAGGAGACCUUCCUGGUGCUCUCGCUGCACAACAAGCUGAGGAGCAAAGUGCAGCCCCCCGCUGCCAACAUGCAGAAGCUGAGGAACCCCUGCCGCAUGAGCUGCAGGAACAGCGGGCGCCUCGACAUGAGCAGCUGCCAGUGCGCCUGUCCCCCCGGCUACACGGGCAGGUACUGCCAAGUGCGGUGCAGCGGGCAGUGCCUCCACGGGAAGUUCAGGAAGGAGGAGUGCUCCUGCCUCUGUGACGUGGGCUACGGCGGAGCCGAGUGCGGCAUGAAGAUUCAGUUCCCUUUCCACGCCUGCGACGUGCGGAUAGAUGGCGACUGCUUCAUGGUCUCCCCCGAGGCUGACACCUACUACGGAGCCAAAAUAAAGUGCCAGGAGAAAGGGGCGAUGCUGGCCCAGAUCAGAAACCAGAAGGUCCAGGACAUCCUGGCUUUCUACCUCAGCCGCUUGGAGACUGGUAACAGGGUGACAGACACCGAUUUCGAGACCGGGAACUUCUGGAUUGGUCUCACCUACAAGACAUCCAAGGCUUCCUUCCGCUGGGACAUGGGCGAGCCAUCCUCCUUCACCAGCUUUGCUUUCGGGCAGCCAGACAACCAGGGCUUUGGGAACUGCGUGGAGAUGCAAGCGUCGGCUGCCUUCAACUGGAAUGACCAGCGCUGCAAGACCCGAAACCGGUACAUCUGCCAGUUCGCCCAGCAGCACAUCUCCCUGUGGCAGCGGGACCCCCGAGCCAGAAGCCCCGGGCACUGGCCAGCGCUGGCUGCGGGGCCCGGGCCGGGGCGCCGGCGGCUGUGA